GUGUUACCACAGUCAGUCUGUUUCACUUUAUUCUGCUCUUUUCUUUGGAACAUACAUAUGAAAAUAGGGGAGAAGCUGUUUGUUCAGCCGUCCGUUCGUCUCAUUCCCUCUUGACUCCGGCUCUGUUUCGGACUCGCUGCGCCCGUGCAGCUUCACAUCACCUUCACUUUCAUUUUUGCCGUGUGACUUAGAAGAAAUCGGUCACAGAAGAGUGGCGAGGAGACCUUUGCCCGGUGAACAACUGAAAUCCAAACGAUCUGCGUUCAGAAGUCCCAGUGAAGUGCAAGAGACUGGAGCAACAGUGAGGAUGACGUCCACUGAAGAUUCACUUUACAAUGGCAGCUUGUGCUCUGGAGAACAGGAGAAGAUCGAGGCCCUGCAGGAACUGGCCAAGCUGAAGGACAUGGUUGAGGAGGCAGAGAAAGAGAAAAGCAAACUUCUCCUGGAAAAACUGGAUGCUGAAGAAAAAAAAAAGAAAUUCCAAAAAGAGACACUGGACCUCUUGUCAUUGCAGGAGAAGAAGGCCAAAGAGUUUCAGAAGAGGAACAUGGAAAUUGAGGAAAGCAUUGCAGACCUCGAGAGGUCCAACAACAUGCUGAAGGAGCAGCUGAAGGAAUACGAGGAAAUGCUGACAAGCAAAAAAGCAGAAUAUGCGUCACUUCAGCAGAAAUUCAAGAUCAAGGCCAGUGUCCCUGAGAAGAAGGUUAAGUUUGUACGUGUGAAGGAGGAGACUGAGGAGGAGGACUAUGGGACCAUUGAGUGCAAGUUCACCAUCACCUGUAGACCUUCUCUCCCCCUGAAGGCUGGCCAUGCCCUCAUCACGUUCGAGGAGGAGGCUGUGGCAGAAAAAAUUCUCAUGCUGCCCAAAUGUUCCGUCCCAUGUGAGGGGACCAAGAUGGACGUGAAGCCGCUUCGCGUGUUUCUGGAACCCUCUGUGAAAUUCGAGGUCCACAUCAGUGUGUCUAAGAAGAAGAUCCGCUUCUCCAAUGCACCACCUGUUCUAGCUGAGGAGCGCAUGAGGGACCGGCUGGAGCUGAGCUUCUCAAAGCCCAGCUGUGAUGGCGGGGAAGUGGAGCAGCUGGAGUACGACCCUCAGACGGGCACCGGCCAAGUCACCUUCCUCAACACAGGAGUUGCUGAAGGUUUAAGUCUCAAGAAGAAAUAUCCUAUAGAUGUUGGCAAAAGUCUGAGCGUGAAUCUUCAUCCAUAUUUUGAAUACCAGCUCAAACAGUUUCAGACCUUCUCCGGGGUCUCCAAGCGCACCGUGCUCCUGAGCGGCAUCAAAGACGUCCUCGACCAAGAAGACCUCCAAGAUCACCUGGAGAUCUACUUCCAGAAGCCCAGCAACUAUGGGGGCGAGGUGGAGACCAUCAAGUACGUCUCCAAAGGCGCAGCGGUGGCCUACUUCAACGACGAUGUUCCUAAAAUGGAGAUAUGAACCGGGGGACGUCCUACAUUGACUGUCCUUCGUCCCUGAACCCAGUGGGACCCAGUCUGUCUAGUUUCCCUCCAAGAGUUCUUUCUGGAUAAUAUUUAACUGACUUUGAGAGCGGGUUGCUGUGCUAUAAUCAGGUUUAUCUUUAGGAAUUUGCUCAGUAUGAGAGGUGUAAAGGGCAAUAUUGAAGUGCCUCCAUCAAUUAUCAUUGACCGCUGGUCCAGUAGGGUCAUCACGGUCCAGAGUCUCGUGGUCUUAAAACGGUGAUUCUUUAAUAUUGUUAUGGACAAUUACAAACAAAAUUAAUACAACAUAUUUAGUUUGUGUGCAGUUUUGGGGACAAAUCCAGCAAAAACGUUUAAACAUUCAGAGGUAGCUUAUUAAUGCUCUCGAACGUGUUUCUUGUGUCUUUUCAGCAACUACGUGGUUUUAUGGUCCGAAUAAAUUCUCCCUCCUUUCCUCGGACUUUACAAAUAUAUCGGUCACGCGGCGGUGUGUCGCUUUUUUCUCUAUUAGCUUGUUAAAGACCCUGUGGCAAACUAUUAAUAAAGUGCAGUAUCACUCAAAUUGUCUGCAUGUUGCCUCUGUCGCGACUGAAAACCUGCUUUUUCAUAUUAUUAACUCAUUUGAAGAAAGUUACUUCACACUAGACUAGUUCAACUGUGGGUUACGCGGUUACG